UUAUUGUGGUUUAGCUUUAGUACAGUGCGCGUGAUGUAUUGUGUCAUCGCGAGGUGAAUCGCCACUCGUACUGCACGUUUUAAAAUCACUUCCGCAUAAUUCAUUCUGUAAAUUGUUGAGUAGAACUAAGAAGCAAAAAAUGUGUCCUCGCGGGGCUUCUGUUUUUAUACUUGCUGUCGUAUUUGUGUCGAUGUUGUCUGGCACAUUUUCAAUGCCUUCAUUUCUCUCCCAACGUUUGUGUGAAAAUUGUGUACAGAAUGAGCAAACAAAGUCAUGGGACUAUCUCCUAUUUGUAAACCAGUGGCCAGAGACUUUUUGCAAGUACUACAAUGCAUCACACAAACACGACAACAAAGAUGGCCAAGAAUGCAUCAUUCCGCCAAUUGUUUCAACCUGGACCAUCCAUGGCACAUGGCCGACUAAGACGGGCACUGAAGGACCAACAAGUUGUAACAAUACUUGGCAAUUUAACUUGAGUCAAGUCAAAGAUCUUGUUCCCGCUAUGAACAAAACUUGGCCGGGGCUACUGACAGGAGAAGAAUAUUGGUAUUUUUGGUCACAUGAAUGGGAUAAGCAUGGUACCUGUGCAGCUAGUCUUCCUGUUCUGUACGGAGAACACAACUAUUUCAACAAAACACUCCAACUGAAGCAACAACAUAACAUUGAUAAGAUCCUGAGCAGCAGUGGCAUUAUUCCAUCAUCGACUGUCAAAUAUACUCGGGAUAAAAUUGAGGAGUCCGUCAAGAAUGCUACCGGGGGCAUGCCAGAUCUUAUUUGCUUCCAAGAAAAUAGUGACUCUGACUUCAAGCAGUACCUGCAAGAGAUCAGAUUGUGUUUGGAUAAAUCCCUGAAACCGUUUGAUUGUCCUAAAUCAAAAUUCAUGCACUUGACAUCAGAAUACGAUAGUCCUUGCUCCUCCAAGACUCCCAUCGCAUUGCCACCACUCACAACAGGGAAUGCAGCGGUGUAGAAAAGUGUAAGUCAAGCAGUAGACUUCUUAAAGGCUUAUAGCAUCACUCACUUGUAUCCCAAAAGUAACCUACAGAAUUAUCAACAAAACACUAACACCCUGUGAAACUAUUCUGUCAGGCUUGCUGUCAUUUAAAAGAAAUCAAGAAAUGUAACAUGAUUUCCAACAAUCAGUCAAUUGACUGAUAUUUAAAUAUAGAGUGCUUGAUUUUGGAAAAUUAAGUGUGCUCGAAGAGUGGACUUUCCACUGAGCUAAAUUUUUAACAGGUUAGGUUUUGAACAUUGUUCUUUGGAGUGGUGUGAUUAUUGGUAACAAACAAAAUGUGUGACAAGGAAAUUACAUUCUUCAUAUAUUGCAAAUGUUUACUCACAUUUACCCACAAAAGCAGUGCAUACAAAAUAUUUAAAUGAGACAGGAAAAUGAAUGUUAUAUACAUGUAUUGUACAUAAUGUUCAUUGUUUCCGCUGAUUAUUGUAUACACACAGCUCAAUUUUAAAAGUAUGGUGCAAACAACAGACAGUUAGCAUAUUUGAUUUUUUUCUAUUUUCUUAACUAAAAAGAGCUACAACUGUAAUGUGCACUUAAUCAGUUCACAUUUUUGUGAUGUGAUUGGUUCAAUAGGCUGGAGUUUUUCAUUUUUUUUUGGGGGGGGGCGGUCGUUUUUUAUUUUUAUUUGGGGGGGGGUCUUUUUGUUACGUUUUUGUUUUUUCUUUGUAUCGCUAUCAAGCUUAGCAAGUGGCACAUUCCAAACCUGUAUAUCAUUGGGUAGAGGUUCAAAUCCUGCUAAAGAUAUCUGGAGUAAGUCUCAGGAGCAUUACGAAUUGUCUUUCCUUCUCUCAUUAAAUGUUGAUUGUUCUGUAUAUUGUUCUCAGAUUGCGACAUUUUAAUUCCAAUACAGCAUUAAAAUAGGAAAUUACUGUGAAAGCAACUUGCAUUGGUGUGUAUACUUAUACACAAGUUUAAUUCAAAUUAGGUAUAACAAUUGUAAAAAAAUACUGUAUGCAAUGAAAGCAGUUUGCAUUGGUGUGUACACUUAUACAAAUUACUUUUUGUUGUAUUAUAAGACUGCCUUUAAUUCAACCUGUGAUUUAAUUGUAUUUUUUUUAUUAAAUAAAAGACUUAUUUCAAACUAUACAAUUCACUAGUUCAUGAGAUGAACAAGGCAACCAAUACGUGAAAUACUUCUAAAGGUAUUUACUCUAACCUCCCAACUCUAUCAAAAUCCAUCCCUCCAUUUUUGUUGAUUUUGGGGGACUUGGUCCUGCAGGCCUGGUUUGACUAGUAUUGAUGGAUUAUGAUGGACUUGGUCCUUGGGGCCUAAAGCAAAGCAUGCAUUGGAAGCAGCGUGAUUAAUGGGUUUUGGCGAACUUGGUCCAGUACUUUAAUAGUAAAAGACAGUAGGAAGUUGGGUUGAGACCGACAAAGUAAUUCAUACUUUACAUUUGUUUGUAAUGUGCAUUAUACGUAGAUAAUGAGUUAUAUUACUUCAGGUAUUUGUAUUAAACCCACUAUGCAGAUCUACAUCUGUGUUAUUUGUCCAGUCAUUUAAAUGCUGCUUGUGAUACAUGAAUUAAAAUGAGUGUGCACUGUCAUUUCCAUGGCGUCAAUUUUCAUGGAUGUUGCUAUAAACUUUGUAUCAGUAAUUAAUUUUGGGCAGAAAACCUCACCAUAUACUUCUUUUUUUUUCAUGACAAGUGUGGCAUAAUAAUAUAAGCUGAAUGUAUUACGGACACAAAUCGGAAAGAAUCGGCAUGCAUUCAAAUAAGUCCAUGUUA